AUGCUCAAGAAGUCUUCUGAAGAAUUUGAGCAAAGAAUUUUUAGUGAUGCUUCCAUGAGUGGUCCAACUUUGAGUUCCUUUUAUCAAAAGCUUGAUAAGGCUGAGAAGAUGAGUUUCAAUACAUUGUCUGAUGGGAUGGAUGAAAAAUUGAAGAAAGCAGCCACCUACUUCGAUUAUGAUCCUGACGAAAUAAGUAAAGAUGAUUAUGCUUACAGACCAGAUAUGAAUUUUUGGACUGGGAACACUUAUGAUAUCAAGGAUCUUGACCUGAGAAAGCCUGGAAUUCGCAAGCCCUAUAAAAGGAACGAGUUUGAAACAACAUUGGAAGAAGUUUUAUGUAAAGCUGAUUUCAGGGCGCGGAUUUUUGAUUGUCACUCAUAA